AACGUCCUUGAGUGUAGUAUUACUCCAAACUACAAGCUUCAUUCAUAAACUCUAUAACCUAUACACUUUUGUUUUGACAGUUCGUGAAUGACACUCGCGCGUCGCGGGCGAGUCUGUCUGAUUGCGAUCGAAUUAUGAACAAGUUUACCCGCCUGAAAGGCGCAUAACGCACAAUAGAGUGAUGCUUCGCUGCACUUUGUAAUAUAACUCAUGAAGAAUGUCUGCGAUUAUAGACGACAAGGUUGUCGCGGGUGCGAAGAGCUCAAAUACCGUCAAGGAAGAUCCGAUUGUAGCGUUAACGGAAAGAGUGAGAGCCCUGUAUCUCUUCCGAGAUCGCUACUUCGAGACGCAUUCUAUUGAUGAAGCGAUUAAGAAACCUACCGACGUGGAGAAAGAGAUGAAGGACACGUUGAGCAAGUUCGACGAGUGUAAAGGAUACGAGAUCGAUGGCUCGCGCGCCAAGUAUUACUAUUUGAAGGGAAGGGCGCUGAACGUAGUGGACCGUUUCAUCCCGCAGGCGGAAGAACUUUUGAGCAAAGCAGUGAAGCUGGAGCCUAAAUUAAUAGAAGCCUGGAACGAGCUGGGGGAAUGUUACUGGAAAAACGACGACAUAAAACAAGCGAAGAACUGUUUCGUCGGCGCUCUGCAACAUGACAGGAACAAAGCGUCUUUGCGAAAUUUGUCGAUGGUACUUAGACAGGAGCAAAGUUCGUCCGUCGAGGAGCGGAUAAAAAAUAUUCAACAAGGUGUGGAAUACGCUAAGGAGGCGGUAAGCCUUGACACAAGCGACGGAAACUCCUGGUCCAUAUUAGGAAACGCUUACCUGUCUUCCUUCUUCACGGUGGCACAAAGUCCAAGUACAUUACGUUUAUGCAUGUCUGCGUACACGCAAGCGGAAAAAGACCUCGUCGCAAGAAGUAAUCCUAAUUUAUUUUAUAAUAAAGCAGUAGCACUGAAAUAUCAAGAAGAAUACAACUUAGCGUUACAAUCGUUUGAAAGUGCAAUGGCGCUCGAUCCAGUGUGGGAGAUGCCGAGCAAUAAACGGGACGAAUUACUACAAUAUCUUAAAGAUAUACAAAAUUCAAUUAAUAAUAAUGGAUAUGUCAAACCAAAACGACUAUAUCAAUUGAUGCGGGCAUUGGAUGUUAAACACCUAGGACCAUACAAAGAUGGAGCAUACACAUAUGGUGGAAAGUCUAUAAAGUUAGAUUUGAUUCCGUUACAGGAAUUAAAUCUUGGAGUGAACACAGAAAAAGUUGUAUUUGGAAAAGUAGUUUGUUGGAUUCAAGACUCGGACUGCGUCCCAUUUGCUUUUUGUCUCGUGGACGAACAAAAGACAUGUGUUGUUGUCACUGUAUAUAAUCUAGCUAAAGGCCGUGGAGUUACAGUCGGAGAUUCUGUUGGUAUACCAGAGCCUUUUGUUAUACAUCAGAAAUUUUCCUAUAUGAAUAAUGAUUUUGAUUACAGAUCUAUUCGCGUUGAAACCCCGAUUGUACUUGUAGUUAAUGGAAGAAAGUUAGGCCGAGAACAACAAGUCAGCGCAAAUCUGCAAACUUUUAAAAGGACAGAUUAAUUCUAAUGAGCGAGACGUUGAUCAAUCGUUGGUCCUCAGUUAUCCGCAAUUAUAAAUUUUUGAUCUUACCCUUAUUUUUUAAUAAUAAUGUAUAUUAUUUUAAUAAUAAUACUCAUCAGUAUAUUUAAGGCUUUGUACGAUACACGAAUUUCAAACAAAUGUAUUACGAAGAGUUACAUGCCAAUGUACGUUGGCAAUAAUCAAAGAAACGGGCUACAAUAUAUACCAUGUUACUUCAAUUUUGUAUUUUAUAACACAAUGUGUAAGAAAUACUAACGUGCACAUCUUAGCUGCUGCAUUUGUAAAACUUGUGAGAGAGAGGAUGUUGAUAUAUAUUUUUCUUCAUUGUGACAGUAAUUUUCGCAAAAAAGCAGCAAAUAACCUAUAUCUGCCAAUUCAUAAAAUUAGAAGACUUCGCCUAUAUUGUUUAUUUAAAUUGAUGACUGAGGUAGAAAUAUAUAAUACUUUAUUUAUAUUUUUAACUGCAAACAUUUUAGUUUUAAUUCUCUACUAUUCGAUAUUAAAAUAUUUUGCUCUUAUUGAUUCCUCGAGCAUUUCUGUAUGUUUUGGUCCAAACAAGAAACUUCAAGAUAAAAAGGAAAGAAGUUAGAAAUUAUAAAAGAAAUGCGAUUGCUAAGAAAUAAAAGAGCCGCAGAUCAAUGAGUCCCGUGGACUCUGGAUUUUAUUAUUAUCAUGAAAAUAAUCUGCUGUGAUGAAUUUUAGUCAUUGAGACUUGGUUUUGUUCAGAUUCGCUAAAGUAUAUGUACACGAAAGACCGACAAUAAAAGCAGCAGGUACUUGGAAAACAUACAGAACUCGAUGUAUGUACCUUAGAAAAUCCUAUUAUUAUAUGGUGUUCAAUAAUUUGUCAAUUAAAUUAUACUAAGAGAAUAGUUGUGUAUAAUUUUCAUCGAUAUUAACUAAUAUAUUGGAAAACCCAGUUUGCAUAUGAUAUACACCUAUACUUGUCACAAUAUCGGUAUCUUAUAUCAUGAAAGGGAUAUCAUAGUUUGUUCCAAGCAGCUGCAAAUCAAAAUAUUGAAACAGGGUAAGGAUUGUCGUGGAUGUUAUAUCAUAAUCACUUUGCAAGAAGCAGGGAAAGGAAACAAAGAGAGAAAAAGUAAUUUGUAAUUCAGUCAUAAUAACCGUUUUGCAAUGCCAAUAGAUCGAUUCGUUGUGUAAUAUAAAAUUUCUUAUAAUAUUGGUCCACAAUCACAAUAUCAAUUCAUCCACGAAUCAUCUUUUAACAAUUUGUAUAAAGAAAUGUAUAAGAGAAAAUAUUCCCCGGUUUCACGGAGAAA